UCAGCUGCGAAUAAUGAGAGUUGUUUAACCACUUUGGCCAUUUGAAGAGAUCAUAAAAAUAGAGAAGACUACAUACCUUGUUAAUACCCAAGAGAUCAUGGGGCAAACACUGGCAUGUUAUGCGGACUGGACUUCUCCCAAUGGUAGAGGUAUUCGUAGACUUGGUUUCACACCAACCAAUGAAAUUAUACUGAACAAGAUCAUCAGAUUUAUGGAAGACCUUCCCGUGAAACACUCCCAGGGUGCAACUUUGACCUUUGACAUGCCAGUUCAAUGGGACACAAGUUUGAAUGCAUCGGACUAUUUGGGAUGUAGAGAUUACGAGCAAACAUCAAAUGGUGUGACAUCGACAGCCACCACCGGCGAGGGCGACCCACUAUUGCUGAUGGAAGGGCAUAAGAUGACAGUUUUAAAUUUAGAUCAAAUUAGCACCGUACUCAAAAUAGCAAGUGCAAGGAAAUACGAGGAAGCAAGACAUAUUCUCGAAGCUAAUCCAGAUCUGUUUGCCAAAAUCUUGGGAGUGUGGCAUAUUUUUGUUCGUGACGUCACUGCGAUAGAACGACUUCAGAUGGAGAUUCUUAAAGAACCGGAAAGUGACGCUAAAAGUGAAAAGCAGACUAUAUUUAAACUAAUCCACGACAUUCAGCGACUAGACACACUAAUGAUAAAACAAAUAACCCAGGCUAUAGCAAAGUAA